GGGCUCACUUCGUGCCAGAGCAGAACCCGAGUCGCUCCUGCCCAAACUCCAUCUUUCACCUCUCGCGCGGGCUCUCGCGGCAAGCACUUGGGCGUGGGAUCGUUCAGAAGCGGGUCAAUCAACACAAAUUCUUUACAACUGCAAAGUUGUCAAGGUGUUCUGUGACGUUUGAUAUUUUUUUGUGACGUACAUAGCUGGUUGAUAUUCGGGCUCAAGCUCUCGGAACAUCAGUUGUCGAUCGAGAACUUGAGUUGAGGGUAUCACACUGCACCCAUCGCUCAUCAUCUAUUUUCAUCAUCCAUCCCUAAUCAAGGAAUACCUCUUACAUCAUGGAAAGUUCAUCAAUAACGACGUGGUGCCUUGUAUGGGCUUCAAUGAUUGUAGAAGCUUUUGGCGAAUCAUCUAAAAACCAAGAGACCGUUGACUCUGGACCACUAGCCGUCAUCGCUCCCGCUCUCCUCAUCGCACUCGCAGUCUCCAUCAUGGCCGUGGCCGCCCUCUCAAUCCGUGCUCUACGACGACAGGAACCCUCUGAGAUCUCAAUCCAUCUCGGCAAAGCAGCGUUCACUGCAGUAGACGUCAAUGCCCUCGGUCCACCGAGCCUCGCACUCGACCUCGAUGACGAUAAUAUACUGGAAUUCGAUGACGAGGAGGAUGAGGCUACGAAGGAAGAGGUCAAAACCAGGAGAUUAGGAAACUUGGCCCAAGUGAUGAAGAGUGGAAGAUUUUUCAGGGGGAAUGGCAUGGAAGAAUUGCCUUACUCUCCAAGACAUUGCCGAAGAUGGCAAGCUUCUUCGCAAUCACAAACAAGAUAGUCCUCUCCCGAAAUAUGAUGAUCAUCCAAGUCUUGGAAACACCUCUCAUUCUACAACUCAACGUCGGUGUCAUGUCAAUACAGAUGACAUCGGUUUCAUGCCAACGACGAUGACAUCGGAAUCGUGCCAACGACGAUGACAUCGUUUUACUCGAAAGCCGACCUCGACCUAGCUAUGAACUCCGACAUCGAUUUUGAGAGAGGUUGAUAACAAGAACUUUGGUCUACAACUCAACUUCGGUUUCAUGCCAACGACGAUGACAUCGUUCAUUAUGGUCGUCGAAAAGAUUUAUUCGAAGGUCUAUCGCCCUUGGGAGAUCAGGAUAACAAGAACUAUCCGAAAGUUGAAUAUUAAAAAACAUUUUAUCAGUACUACAUACGGACGAUUCUCCAAGAAAGGAAAUCGUAACGAUCAAGUCUUAUUUUGUAAAUAAGAAGAAACUAUUUAUUUUAAUACAUCGCCGUUAAAUCGGCAAUUAAUAUGAUAUUGAUGUUAUUUUUAUACAAAUUCUGCUGAAUAGAGUUAUAUGUUUUAUGAUCAAAUUGAUAUUAUGCAUACACAGUUUUUGUCAAAACUAAAUUGUUGGGAAGUUUAAUAAAUUUUUGAAAAUUUGUUCGAGUAAUAUAAAAUAAAAUUCUGGUUAAUAUACAAUAAUUAUAAUAGGUCAAUUCCACAAUAGAAUAAUGAUUUAACUCAUACUAGAAACAUGUACUUUGAUAGUUUUGAAUGGUUUUAAUUUGAGAUUAAAUGAUAUACUGUAUAGAUGGUAUAGGCGCCUUGAAAACGGGUACAGGCGAAAGAACAAACAAAUUUUCACAAAACUAUAUGCUAUAAAAAAAAGUACGGGACGGACACAUUCAAAUUAUGGUGUCGGCGGAUCGAAUUACAUAAGCGCAUUGAAGUUGCCCCAAAAAGAAAAUAUCCAAACUGUUUUUACAUAUUUGUUUUACAUAAUGUAAAAAAAAAUCAAGUGUUAAUGCUCAUUUGAAUGUCAUGGUAUCAAUGUUAUGCAAAAUAAUACAUAUCCAAAAUAACUAUA